AUGGCAGCCCAUGCCUGGUCCACAGACGAAAGCAGCCCGGACGAGGCUGCAGAAGACAGAUUCCUUUUCGGAGAGGAGACAAGGAGCUCAAGCGGCGGCUACAUGAAACGCCGACGUUCAUCUCGGGCUGCAGGCAGCGAGCGGAGCGUCCCCUCAGAGAGCUCCGCGCGAGAGAACCAGGCCGGCAGGAACGAACGGUCGAGCCCGAACCGGCGAUCCUUGCUGGAAAGCCUUACAGAAGGGGUGGCGAACCUCUGGGCCCGCCCAGAGGUCCCACAAGCGACUCCACCUUCGUCGCGGGACUCCUUCCAAUCGACGGUCCUAAUAAGCAAGGAUGAGGCUGAUCCGGAGGAGGUCAGGCACCCGAGCAACAACGAUAGCGUGACGAAGGCAAGACGCGGGACACUGUUUGAUGCAGCGGACUUGGCCAAGAGCUGGAAGAGGCUGUCCUCGGACUUCUCAGCUGGCGUGGCAUCGUUCACGGAAGCCUUGAGAUCGGUACCGACGCCCGAGGCCAGCUGGCGAGGGGCUCGUGAUCACGAGCAUUCGAGUGAGGUGGCUGCUUCGUCGAGCCAGGCCGACAGGUUCAGUUCCACCAGCUUGGACACCUUGAUGAACGAGGCCCAUCUGCCCUUCAGGCAGUUGCUGGAGGAAGUCCCAGACCCUGAGAACACCCCGGGUGGCCUCCUGGCUGCCUUUCCGCGGCUCUGGCGGCUUUGCAUUCCACAGGAGCCCCAAGCCGCGGGUCCUGCGGGCGACGCAGGUGAUGAUGCAACCAGUGCAAGCUCUUCUCAGGCGUUUGGCGCGCAAUCACCUCUUUUUUCUGCAGUUGUCCGUGCACGUCUUGUUGGACACCUCCUUGGGUGCCACGAAGCCGUGUCCUCUGAGCUGACAGCGGAAGAAAAGCAACUCUGGGACGUUUUCGUCAGCAUUGACCACAACUUGGCGGGUUCGAUGAUGGUCAGCUUAGAAUCAGCAGACGACCUCUGCGAUGCGCUGGCGUCUGUUUCCUCCCGAAAUCAUGCGGAGGCCUGUGUCAAAGCUCUCGCAGAGCGUGUUGAUGACACGGGUGAGUGCGACUUCGCUGACCUGCUUGAUGUCUGGGAAGCUGCGAAACAACCCGAUCAACUGUGGCAGUUCCGCAGCAGUCUGCGCAAUGGUCUGUCGAAUCUUCUGGCAGGUGCCGGAAUUACUGAGGCAGCAUCGUCACGAGUUCCAGAGAUGCGAGCGCGAUGUGCUCGGCUUUCUGAUACUGCAUUGGCAAUGUCAGCUGCAGCUUACCAGCGUGCCUUGGUGUUGACCUGCAGCUGGCACUGUGAGCAGCGGCUCCAGUCAUUCCUGAUGGCAAAGGGCAGCCCGACCGAGCGGUCCCGCUCCGAAGUCAAGUCCUUGCUGGCGGUUCUUCGGGGAAUUCACUCCGAACUGGUCCCCACCGAGCGUGUGCUGUGGGAGCUCAUGGGUCAGCAGCAACAACAUUUCGAUGGAACAGUGGGGAAGGAAGAGGUGCUCUCAGCACUGGAGGAGCUGUUGGGUUUCCACGAAGAAGAUGCGAGGGCAUCGCCAGGAGAGCUCGAGGAACUCGGCAGGCUUCGUCGGCAGUGCCAGCGAAGGUCUGUCGACAAUUUGUUCGACGAUCGUGGAAGGACGGUUGUCGCAUUUGCUGACGUGCUGCGCUGGUGGUGGGACAUGCCAGAGGAGUACCGGGAGGCUGCCGGUCUGGCGGUUCCAGCUUCUGUGUUGCGACAAAGCUUGCGACGGCAGCCGGAAGAGAUGUUUCGUGGUGCGCUGCGUCGAGUCGCCGCCGAGCCAGCUUUUGCCCGGCAGGCUCUUCGUGGUCAUGUCCGUGCUUUUGCGGAGCUGAGGGCAUUGGCCGUGAGGCGGAACAUUGAGAGUUUCUCCAUCCGCUCUACUGCCGAGUCUCGCACCACGACGAGUGAUGCAGGUGACAUCAGUCUGGCGACUUCGGAGGACCAAGCAGGCUUCCAGGAGGACGACGAGCCUUCUGACACGCCUGUCUCUCCGGCCCGGCUCGAGGCCCAAUAG